AUGGACGACUCUGCGAUUUACAAGGACUCCCACGUACUUUCCCUUUUCAAAAGAUUCUCAAAUGGUACUCAGUCGUUGGGCUAUUAUGAGUUCAUCAACAUGUUUGAUUCGUUCACGGGGUCCGCAUCGCCCUCCGAAAAGCAAAAUUACGGGAUUUUCUUCUUGCUUGCCGACGAUGAUUUGAAAGGUUAUUUGACCGAAUCAGACUGGAUCAAGUUUGUCAAGUUGUUUAAUGAGGAUAACUCUCAAUUCAAAAUGGUUUGGAAGUUCUUCAGCAAGUUCAAGCUUCAAUCAGACUCUGCAUCCAACUGGAAUUUUAAUUGGUUCAAGAAUAAUGAGCCAAUAGCCGACGAGGAAUCGAAUCGUAUUUCCUUCAAUCAAAUUUCCUCUGUCUUGCGAAAUUUGGAACUGUUUAUUCAGAAUAAACCUCUAUCUUUGACACCAACGAACAACACCCAAGAGUAUAUCAAUUGGUCAAAAAUUAAUGAUUUGAUCCACACACAAAUAUCUCAGAGAACCAAUACACAAUAUAUCAAUUAUAAUGAUCUAAAUAAUUUAAUCAUCAAUGAGUUGAAUAAUGAAAAAAUUUUGAAGUUUUAUGAGCUAAACAAGAACCAUGAUGGUAAUAUCAGCAAUGCGAAAGUGGGCAAGCUAUUGGAUGGGUUGUUUUCCCAUAAAAUCAAUGACCAGUUUAUCAAAUUUGUGUUGCCUAAAAAUAGACAUGACAAUUACUCGUAUAACGAUAUCAAAUUGAUAACCAACUUGUUGAAGAAGUAUUACUUGUUAGACAAAUUGGUUUGGAGUUUUAAAGUUCAGGAUUCAAAUACAUCGUUUAAUGAUUAUUUGAUUGAACACAACAAGGGCAAUAUGCUUACGGACUACGAAAUCAAUUUGUUGAACGAUUAUAUUUCGGCGUUUAACUCACCGACAAUUUUGACCCCCUUUGCAUCACCAAUGACUGUGGUUGCUCCUGUACCAGUGGUUGCUGGCCAAAUCGGUCAACAAUCGGUUGAAAAAAUUCAUGGUUUGUUUUCCCUCUUCCAUUCAAUGUACAAUUUUAGUCUUGGAGCAGUUUCUGGGGCAAUUGGUGCCACCAUUGUUUAUCCUAUUGAUAUGGUGAAAACGAGAAUGCAAGCCCAAUGCAGCACUGCUUAUGUUAAUGCUAAACAAUUAUAUACUAGCUCUUUUGAUUGUCUUGGCAAAAUUUUUGCCAGAGAAGGUCCACUGAAGCUUUAUUCUGGCUUGUUGCCCCAACUAGUUGGUGUGGCCCCAGAAAAGGCUAUCAAAUUAUUCAUGAAUGAUUUGGUUCGUGGAAUAUAUAAGGACGAGAAAACUGGGGAAAUUGGCUUGCCAUAUGAGAUUUUGGCUGGUAUGAGUGCCGGGUGCUCUCAGGUUGUGUGCACUAAUCCUUUGGAAAUUGUGAAGAUCAGAUUACAAAUACAGGGACAAAUGAUUGGGAAAUUGAAUUCUCAAGGCGCAAUAAUUGUUCGCAAGAGUGCCCUUGAAAUCGUGAGGGAAUUAGGAGUUGGUGGUUUGUAUAAAGGUGCCAGUGCUUGUUUACUCCGUGAUGUUCCAUUUUCGGCGAUCUAUUUUCCAACUUAUGCUCAUUUAAAGAAAUAUUUUAUCGAAUCUAAUAACUCUAGAGGAGUUGUUGCUGAUGGUAACCAUGAAAAUAUCAAUACUUGGCAACUUCUUUCUGCCGGCGCGAUUGCUGGGAUGCCUGCAGCAUUCUUGACCACUCCUUGCGAUGUGAUAAAGACCCGACUUCAAAUGGAGAGAAAUCAGGGAGAUAUUCAGUAUCGUAACAUCCUUGAUGCCACAAGAAAAAUAUAUUCUCGUGAAGGUGCCAGGGCAUUCUUUAAAGGCGGACCAGCAAGAGUAUUCCGUUCUUCUCCUCAGUUUGGGUUCACAUUAGCGUCGUAUGAGUUGCUUAAACGUGCUUUACCAUUUGAGUGGACUAGUGGGUCUGUUUUAAGUCUUAUGAGCGGGUCUAGGGUGAGCAACGAAGGAAAUAUGGUGAAUGGAUAUAGUUCGAACACCAUUAAUUCCAACUUCAAAUCCGUGGAAAACUGUGACAUUGAUGAAGUUAGAAAGUAUCGUGCAAAGAGCUCGCAAGCCCUAGGUUUGUUCAAGGAUGUCAGUCCAAGUUUCAAUCAAUUUGAUCAUGAUGUUUACCAACAAUUUAGAGGAGCUUAUGGGAAGAAGUUAAAUUAA